CGCUGUUUGUGUACUGUGUAAACCUGUGUCUCAAGGAAAUACAUAUAUAUUUACAUCCUAAAUAUUAUUUUCGGUAUACGUCUACUUCAGUAUUAAACCGGUAUACGUGAGAACGAAAAGGAUCACGAUGGCGUCAAUACUUCAAGUCGUUACAGCUACUUUGCUAUCUUCCCUCGCUCUCCUGGUGGAAAAAGCGUUAUCGCAGACAACAGAGUCAAUGAACGACACAGUAUUCAUCGGACCAAACGCAGGUGGUCAGGUCCUCAAUUUUCGUUACCUCUCUAAGGACGAGAGGGCGGCGCUCUGGGCCUGCUUUCUAGGCGGUCUCAUGGCGCUCGUCGGGGCUGGCAUUAUCUACUACGAAUACCGUCUAAAGAAAUACGAGCAGAACUUCCCUUAUCGUCCAAAGAAGAAGUCUAGAAAACCCAAGACUGUCGAAGAAACCUCCCACUGAGAGCAGAAAAUCAAAGGCGUAUCCAAGAUAGUGACAUUCAGCGGGAGGGGAAGGGGCAUGAGCUGUUCUGAAAAUAUAUAUGUAUGCAUCUGAAAGUUUGGACAUUGUGUAGAUGGGAUAUUUUUACAGGAAACCACACCCCAAGAAAUAACUCGCUAUUCUAACUUGCCUAUUAAUCUACGAGAUUCCCAACCAAUUAAAGUGUAUGAGAGAGGUAUAAAGCAAGAUAUUCUUAGCAUAAUGUACAGUUUCUCAGCACGACAUGGGCAUUGACAUUUUUUGGAUAACGUGACGUACUAUGUAUAUGUAACGCAUUAUCAAGAAAAUGGCUGCGCCCAUGUCAUGCUAAAAAGCAUUACAUCAUGUCAAGAAUAUUUUCAUUUAUAUCAAGGAAUAUUAAGGAAUAUUGGGCAUCAAAAGAAAGGAAAACAUCUCAUAUUUCAGCAUACAUUGAUUUAUUAUUUGGGGUAAGGUUUCCUUUAAGCAGGACUGCAAUACCUGCGUCCUCUUUCAUAGCCAAUAUUUCCCAACAAUGCAUAAGCGGUACCUGUUGAUCCCCCAUGGUCCUCUUGUUCUCAUGUUAAUUGAGAGCUGAUUUGAUGAGAUAACCACCUGCCAGUGACCACGCAUGGAGGUCUAAUCCCUCCUGGUCAAACUAGUGCAGAUAGGCUUUCAUUCAAGAGGUGAUAUAAGUCUAGAUUGUGAAUUUCAAGGAUGUGUGCCGAUAAUGACACCAUGUCUACCAAUAAAGGCCUUACAUUGUUAUACCUGAUGAAGCCUUCAUCAUUGAUAUCUACAUCAUGUUAUAUUGAUUAUAAUGAUAAACAAAAAACCAAGUCAAGAAAUUAUACAGUACAAUAGAGAUCUCAGUCAAACCUAACAAUGAUAACGGGAACUUUACGAUCAUUCGGAUGUCAUAAUUAAUAUAUUGAAAGUUCUAUCUUUGGGGUGGGAGUGGUUGAAAGUGCCCCUAGAAAUAUAAAAGGUUUUGUCGGCACAUUUGGGAAGGAAAGGCCACAAUAUUCGACCGAAGUGGGCGAUAAGAAAGUAUGACAAAUAACCGCUGGCGACAUUGUUUGCGAUGCAUAUUUUGUUUCUUUAUUGCAACCAAAACUUGUUAGAUUUUAAAUACAAAUAAAUAUACAAACAGUUAGAUUUAAAUGGUAUAAAUAAUGUACACAAAGAUACAUAAAUACAUAAUAGACAGGGGGCUACUUGAAAAAUAACCCCUUAAUGUUAAAAAUACGGAUGUACUUGCACAUGCUAUGAUAUUCAAGGGACAUAGUACUAAAGUAAUUGUUUACUGCUCGGUUGAUCCCCAUUCUGUAUUAUCGUCGACAAAAAAACUAAAAGUGUUGUGCAGCGAGUAAAAGCAAGGAAUUGAUGUAUAAUAACUACCAAUGAUAGUCAUAAUUUCAUUCGAAAUGUUAGAUGCCUUUGUUUUUUUAUUUCAAUAUCCAGUAACUUUCAUUUAUGUACUUCUUCGUCGUGUAUAUUUCUAAAGAUUGUACAUAGCAUACUUUUUUACAAGAUGAUUUGUAUGUAUAUAUUGCACCAGUAUAUGUAUAUUUUGAUACGAACAGGGUGAAUUAAAAGGUAACUUUAGUAGCCAUAUAGUAGUACAUUUUAAA